GUAAAUAAAUGAUAUAAAACCAUAUAUAAUAACAGUACAGUACAUGAUAAUCUAUUUCUUAAAGUUGUGUCUGAGUGUGAUCGUGUGUAAUUCAAGCAAAAAUCAUUUGCUAUUUCGUAAUGUAAAUUGUAACUAUUAUUAAAUUAAAUAAAGAUUCAUGUUUGACUACAAAUAAUCAGUUUCUUUUAUAUUUAUAUUUAUAUAUAUAUAUAUAGUGAAGAAACCGACGGAGACAAAGAAUCCCAACCUCUCUCUCUACAGUCUCUAAUGGCGGUGAAAGAAAUACAUUCUUUCUCCUCAUCAGAUCUCAUAACCAAUUCAAUUAUUACCAUAAACUACUAUGACUAUCAGUAGAAUAGUACAAACAACUACUCUUCUCUCUUCUUCUUCUUCACCAACUAACCAAAUCUUUACUCCCUAAAUCUAAUCCAACUUAAACUCUUUCUUCCAUUUUUGGUCUAAAGACUCAAUCUUUAACAUUCAUUCAUAAUAUAAGAUUUGAAUUUUGCUGAUAAACAAAUUCCCAGAAAUAAAGUUUUAAUUUUUACAAGAAGAUGCAACAAAGGGCUAUGCCUAUGGAAGAGGGCAAGGACCCUGGAGCUGGAGCUGGAGCUGGUGGUAUAAGGACAAGUCAAUACAAGGCAAUGCCCCUAAGAUUGCUUCAGUUGUUUGUAUUGUUUCUAGCUUUUUCUAUUACUUUUGCUGUAAUUAGCAUAUACACUAUUCGCCAUUUUGGAAUAUAUUAUAGUGUAAUGGAUACAGUUAAGUCAAGUUUCCAACCUUGUUUAGAGGAACCAAACGGAUUGGAACAAUGGAUUAAGCCUCCUUCUAAUUUGAUACAUACUAUGAGUGAUAAAGAGCUGUUGUGGAGGGCUUCUUUUACAUCUAGAAUAAAACAAUAUCCUUUCAAAAGGGUUCCAAAGAUUGCUUUUAUGUUCUUGACUAAGGGACCAAUGCCACUUGCACCUCUUUGGGAAAAGUUCCUUAAAGGACAUGAAGGAUUGUAUUCAGUUUAUGUUCAUUCACUCCCAUCAUUUCACUCUGAUUUCCCUCCUUCAUCAGUGUUUUUUGGGAGGCAUAUUCCCAGCCAGGUCUCAGAGUGGGGAAGGAUGAGCAUGUGUGAUGCAGAAAGAAGACUUAUCGCCAAUGCAUUGCUCGAUAUCUCCAACGAGCGGUUCAUUCUGCUUUCUGAAUCAUGCAUUCCUAUCUACAACUUCAGCCUCAUAUACCACUACAUAACCAAAUCCAAAUACAGUUUCACUGGGGCAUUUGACGAUCCAGGGCCAUUUGGUAGAGGACGAUACAACGAAAACAUGGCACCUGAGGUGAACAUCACACAGUGGCGUAAAGGGUCUCAGUGGUUCGAAGUAAAUCGAAAGCUAGCCAUAAGCAUAGUCCAAGACACGACAUUUUACCCGAAAUUCGAGAAGUUCUGUAGACCGGCAUGCUAUGUUGACGAGCACUAUUUCCCGACGAUGCUGAGCAUAGAAGCAAGCAAUCAAUUAGCAAAUAGAAGCAUCACUUGGGUGGACUGGUCGAGGGGUGGAGCUCACCCGGCUACCUUUGGAAGAUCAGACAUAACAGAUGAGUUUUUCAAAAGACUUGCUGGGAAACAGCAUUGCACAUACAAUAACAAGAACUCCACAAUGUGUUUUCUGUUUGCAAGAAAGUUUGCUCCAAGUGCUUUGGAGCCUUUGUUGCAUAUGUCCACUAAGUAUUUGGGAUAUUGAAGAGAGAGAGAGAGAAUGAAUAUACAGAGAGAGUUAUGUUAACCACAUUUGUUGUACUAUUAGUUUGAGUACUAUGUUUUGGCUUCCAAUAUUACUUGAUGUACAGACACUACAGAGAAGCAGCUGCUGAUGAGUUUAGAAGAUUAUAGGCCAUCCAUUAUUAUUUUUGUAUCAUCUUGUGAUUAUAAUGAAUAAUUCUUUUGCUCAUCCAA